AUGCCCGCUACUGAUAUCGUUCUGCGUUUCGCGUAUCCUCCUCCGGAGACCAACUCUGAUUUUCGGACUUUCAAUGUGUAUCGAGUAUCUGAGGAGUCUACCGAGCAGGUUGAACUAUAUAAGGUACACAUUAUAGCUGCUCCCUCCGCGACUGUGCUUCUCAUGAUCACGCAGUUUUAUCAUCCCAACACAGGGAUGCCAAUCGGGGGGACAACGUUCCAUCGCAAAAAUUUGAACACUAUGAAAUGGGAAACCGCUGGAGAGAUUGAGUGGACAUCGAACACCAAUGCCAGAAUUUAUUUUGGCAUCGAUGAGGUUUCGAUACGGGACCUGCGGAAGCCAAAGAAUGCGAACAGCAAAUCGCGACGGUUCAAGGCUUCCGGUUCAGAAUACAAGUGGAAGAUAGCAGAGAAAAACACUGAUCUAUUGAAAAAAAUAAUGGUACGCCCUCAGUGUGUCGAUUCAAGGGGCAGAACAGUGGCGACGUGGGGACAAGCGGAGCAGACGCUGCGUGUGGAAGGACGCGUGGGGUCGAUCCUAGAUCGGAUUGUUGUUACAUGCCUAUUGCAUAUAUGGAUGAGGCGACAAGGGCAAUGGUAG